AUGGAGCAUCACACAGAGGACCAUGGACCAUCACACAGAGGACCAUGGAGCAUCACACAGAGGACCAUGGACCAUGGACACAGAAGACCAUGGACCAUCACACAGAGGACCAUAGAGCAUCACACAGAGGACCAUGGACCAUCACACAGAGGACCAUGGAGCAUCACACAGAGGACCAUGGACCAUCACACAGAGGACCAUGGAGCAUCACACAGAGGACCAUGGAGCAUCACACAGAGGACCAUGGACCAUGGACACAGAGGACCAUGGACCAUCACACAGAGGACCAUAGAGCAUCACACAGAGGACCAUGGACCAUCACACAGAGGACCAUGGAGCAUCACACAGAGGACCAUGGAGCAUCACACAGAGGACCAUGGACCAUGGACACAGAGGACCAUGGACCAUCACACAGAGGACCAUGGACCAUCACACAGAGGACCAUGGAGCAUCACACAGAGGACCAUGGAGCAUCAGACAGAGGACCAUGGACCAUCACACAGAGGACCAUGGAGCAUCACACAGAGGACCAUGGACCAUCACACAGAGGACCAUGGAGCAUCACACAGAGGACCAUGGACCAUGGACACAGAGGACCAUGGACCAUCACACAGAGGACCAUGGACCAUCACACAGAGGACCAUGGAGCAUCACACAGAGGACCAUGGAGCAUCACACAGAGGACCAUGGAGCAUCAGACAGAGGACCAUGGACCAUCACACAGAGGACCAUGGAGCAUCACACAGAGGACCAUGGACCAUCACACAGAGGACCAUGGACCAUCACACAGAGGACCAUGGAGCAUCAGACAGAGGACCAUGGACCAUCACACUGAGGACCAUGGAGCAUCACACAGAGGACCAUGGAGCAUCAGACAGAGGACCAUGGAGCAUCACACAGAGGACCAUCACACAGAGGACCAUGGAGCAUCACACAGAGGACCAUGGACCAUCACACAGAGGACCAUGGAGCAUCACACAGAGGACCAUGGAGCAUCACACAGAGGACCAUGGACCAUCACACAGAGGACAAUGGACCAUCACACAGAGGACCAUGGAGCAUCACACAGAGGCCCACAUUUAG